AUGAGUGACUUUUCAUCACCAAUUUUGAGAACCAAUUCAAAGUUUGCUUCUUUAUUUUUAAGGUCUAAUAAUAAUAGUCAACCAUCUUUACCUACUCAAAUGGAAAGUGCCAACAUAAAUUUAAUGGAUAUUAUCGCAAAUUUAACAAAUCAACAUAAUGAAGGAAAUCCAUCUUCACCAAUACAAAAAAAUAUAAAUUAUGAAAUGUUAGCAAAUAUUGCUUCGCUAUAUAAUUUUGUGAAUUAUCCUACCGGAAAUACAUCACCAUUAAAUGUUACUCAUGAGAUACCUAAUUCAUUAGAUGUAUUUAAUGCUUAUCAAAAUCAACAACAAACUAAUCAUCUUCAGAUGCAAAAUUUAUAUGCAAUGUUAUUUUUUAAUAUCAUGAAUACAAAUUCUACUAAUAAUACAUUAUAUCCUAAUAUAUUUAUGAAUUCUCCAACAUUAACAACAUCUCCUGAAAAUCAUAUGGAUGAUGUUCAUAAAAUAAUUGGAUUACAUUCUCCAUCAACAAAUGAUACUUCAUCAAAUCAAAUGUAUCUUAACUUAAUUUCACAGUUAUCAAUGAUGCCUAAUCAAAUUUUAAACCAAGGAAAUAUACCAGAUAUUCUUAACAAUACUAAAUUUAGCAGAAAUGCACUUUCAAUGGCAAAAAAUAUGAAUAAUGCUGAAAGUUGUUCUAUAACACAAAAACAAACAAAUACUGGAAAAUUCCUUACUUUAGAGAACGGAAAUAAUAAUGAAGCUAUUGUACCAUCAGAUGACAACGAAGGUUGGUGUAGAAAUAAAAAAUAUAUUCAAAAAGUAGAUAGUGGGUAUAUGUGCAUAGUUUGUAAAAAAAUAUAUGGAAGAUAUAAUUCUGUAUCAUAUCAUGUAACAAUAUAUCAUAGAAAUCCACCUAUUCAAUGUUCAGAGGAAGGUUGUUCAUUUAGUACAAGAGAAGCAAGAUAUAUUCAUUUUCAUAAAUAUUAUCGUCAUGGCAUUCCACUUCCACAAUCAAUUGAUUUAGAAUCAAGAAAAUGUCCUUUUUGUAGACAUGUUUCAAAAUCACCAGCAAUGCUUGAAAAACAUAUUGCAAGACAUGUUCCUGAAGGUAUGAAAAAUGGUAAAAAAAUAAAAUGUCCAAAAUGUGAUGAGAUGUUUGAUAAACAAAAAAUUCUUUUUGAUCACAUUAAAACUCAUGAAAAUAAUAAUUCAAAUAUAUGUGUUUUAUGUAAUAUGUCUUUCACAUCAAUAUCUGAAUUAGAAAAACAUAAAGUUACUGUCCAUAUAUGUGAUACAAGUUGUUCAGAAGAAUCAGUUGGUUCAUCACCUCAUUGUUUUAGUGAUGAAGAAGGUAUUUAUCAUGGACCUGGGACACCUUCAAGUAGUAGCGGAAAAUCUCCAAUAUAA